AUGUCUUCUUUUUCCGCUUCCUCUUCCCCCGAUGCGAUGGACGUGGAUACUCCUCCCACCUCCUCCUUCGGUUCUUCUUCUUCCUUUCUUCCCCAAGGCAGUCCCGCCAUCCCUGCCUUCGGUGCUCCUUCUUUCUCCUCCUCCCAAGUCAGGCACACCCCCCCUGUCUUUGGAGCUCCCUCCUCUCUCUCCUCUCCUCUUUCUUCUACCUACUCGGUUGGAAAGAAGGUGGCCAGACACACCACCUCCAUUCCGACUGAGUAUGAUCUCAUUUCCUCAUUUUCUUCUUUCAACGUUGGGGCUCCGGCUACACCCCUUCCUCAUGCUCUCAGACGUGGAAAGCAGGAGCCUCCUCGUCUCUCCCCUCUUUCUCUUAUGGCUACUCGAGUCGUUUGGGCUAAGUGCAGGAAGAGCAAGUGCUCUCCUUCUGGCAAUCCCUUCCGCCAGAAUCACGCAUUCUACCGCAAGUACUCUCACAUCUCCUUCUCCCCCUCCCGCAAGAACCACUCUGAGAGGAACGAUAUCCCCCGUGGCACCUCUUCUCCCCGCGCCCCUGCUGAUCCCCUUGGACCCAAGUCUGAGGGAGUAAGCAAGCGUCGUGGUCCCGCCCAGGGUCAGGGCAGAGCUCAGGUGAAGCAGCAACAGUAUCAGGGCAAUCGUCAGCCUCCCCGCGGUCCCCGGAACUCUUCCCCUGAUCAGCCUCGGUCUUACCCCCAGCCUGCUCGCACUCGCGGGCCUAGACCGAAUCGCUAUCAGGGUCCGGGGACUGCUCGGAAUGGUCAGAAUCCCUUUAUGCCUGCUGUGAAUCCUUUCUCUCAACCCUUACCCGAGGCUUCCGCUCCCGCUCCUCCUUCUCAGCCACGCAAUCGCAACUCUCGGGGUGGGAACCGCGGUCGUUACCGUGGCUCUCGCCGCAACCCCAUCUCUCUCUAGAGUACUUGCUUCCUCCUUCUCUCUCUCCCUCUCUCUCCGUUUGUUUCUUC